AUGUUAUUUGGUUUUUGGCAGUUGAAAACAACUGUCUAUGUUCUAUUUUUGGCAUCGUGUCUAGGACAAGAACUCUUUCGUACUUGUGAUCGUGACUAUUGCUAUGAACGAUCUGUCGAGCGGAGAACAGCAAAUCCAACUGAUUUAAGAGAACAGUAUCGCUAUCUUGGUGAAAAGCUUGAAAGAGGUUUCGUUAAAGAACAAACUCGUCGUGAUAUUAAUAAUCAGCGACUCAAUGAAAUUGAUAAGCAGCGGGUGGAUCGAGAAAUUCAACAAAAUUAUCUAUUGCGUGAAGAAAAUCGUGAAGAAAACACUGUAUUAAAUGAUCGCCGUUUACGUCAAGCCAAAAGUGAUGUUACCAGGCAUUUAGAUGAUAAAAGUGAACGUCGUGAAGCUUUAAGACGAUUACAUGAACAAGAUGUCAUCAGACGUACAGACAACAGGCGUGAACAACGUCAGACUUUUCGACAAUUAGAUGAACGCAAGGAAACUAACCGCGAACGAGUAGAACGUUAUGAUACUUUAAGACAUUUGAAUCCAGAAAAUAAUCGUGAAGCUUCUUAUGAAAACCAACGAGAGCGAAUGGAAAAUCUUAAAAACAUACGACAAAUCAGCGAACGUUAUGAAAACCCAAGACAGUUAAAUAAACCUAAAGCUCAACGUGAUGAAAUGAGACAAUCUGAAAAUACUCGUCAGUCUCGACGUAUAGAAGACCAACAUCCUCAAAAGGAUCAUGAAUCUAGACAACAUCGUAUUGAAAAUAAACGGGAACGAGUAGAACGUGAUGAAACUUCAAGGCGACUUGAUGACCAUAAAGCACAACGUGAAACAAACAGACGUUCAGAAGACAACAAUAAACAACGUGAAGCUCAACGUGAGGUUAGAACACGUACAGAUGAAACUAGUGAAUCUCAGCGCAUAGAAUCUACACAACGCCUUCAUCGAAAUAAUCGUGUACGUCAAGCUCAACGUGACACCAGCAGACAUUCAGAACACAACCGAGAAGAACGACGUGAAUCAAUAAAACGUUCGGACGAUACUCAUGAUAUGCAACGUGUAGAUGAACUACUUUCUCGAAGAGAACGACGUCGUGAUGAAAAUACACGGGAACGAGUAGAUCGUGAUGCAACAAGGCGACUUGGAGAUCUUCAAGCCCAACGUGAAAUCAGCAGAAGUUCGGAAGACAACCGUGAAGAACGACAUGAAAAUUUAAGACAAUUGGAUGAACGUGAAGCUAGCAGACGCUCAGGCGAUUCUCGUGAUACCCAACAUAUAGAUGAACGACUUUCUCGAAGAGUGCAGGAAUCCAGACAACGUCGUGAUGAAAAUAAUCGCAAUCGUAAUCGAGUAGAACGCGAUGAAACUUUAAGAAGUCUUGAUGAUCGCCAAGCUCAACGUGAAAUCAGCAGGCGUUCAGAAGACAACCGUGAAGAACGUCGUGAAACUUUGAGACAAUUGGAUGAACGUGAAGGUAGCAGACGCUCAGGCGAUAUUCGCGAUACUCAACGUAUAGAUGAACGACUUUCUCGAAGAGAACAGGAAUCUAGACAACGUCAUGAUGAAAAUAUAUUUGAACGCGAAGACCGUUUAGCCAGUUUAGAAGACAACCGUGAAGAACGUCGUGAAACUCUUAGACAAUUGGAUGAACGUGAAGCCAGCAGACUCUCAGACGAUACUCGUGAUACUAAACGUAUAGAUGAGCGGCUUUCUCGAAGAGUGCAGGAAUCCAGACAACGUCGUGAUGAAAAUAAACUUGAACUCGUAGAACGUGCUGAAAUUUUAAAACAUAUUGAUGAUCGUCAAGAUCAACGAGAAAUCAGUAGACGUUUAGAAGACAACCAUGAAUCUUUAAGAAAAGUGGAUGAACGUGAAGCCAGCAGACGCUCAGCAGAUAUUCGUCAUACUCAACGUAUAGAUGAGCGACUUUCUCGAAGAGGACAGGAAUCUAGACAACGUCGUGAUGAAAAUGUACUUGAACGCGAAGACCGUGGUGAUCUUUUAAGACGUGUUGAUGAUCGUCAAUCCCUACGGGAAAUCAGUUUAAAAGACAACCGUGAAGAACGUCGUGAAACUUUAAGACAAUUGGAUGAACGUGAAGUUAGCAGACGUUCAGUCGAUACUCGUGAUACUAAACGUAUAGAUGAGCGACUUUCUCGAAGAGUGCAGGAAUGCAAUCAACGUCGUGAUGAAAAUAAACUUGAACGAGUAGAACGUAGUGAAAUUUCAAGACGUAUUGAUGAUAGUCAAGACCAACGUGAAAUCAGCAGACGUUCAGAAGACAACCGUGAAGAACGCCGUGAAUCUUUAAGACAAUUGGAUGAACGUGAAGUUCAACGUAAUGUUAUCAGACGUUCAGACGAUACUCGUAAUACUCAACGUAUAGAUGAACGACUUUCUCAAAAAGAACGGGAAUCCAGACAUCGUCGUGAUGAAAAUAUACUUGAACGCGAAGACCGUGGUGAUCUUUUAAGACGUGUUGAUGAUCGUCAAUCCCUACGGGAAAUCAGUUUAAAAGACAACCGUGAAGAACGUCGUGAAAUUUCAAGACGUAUUGAUGAUAGUCAAGAUCAACGUGAAAUCAGCAGACGUUCAGAAGACAACCGUGAAGAACGCCGUGAAUCUUUAAGACAAUUGAAUGAACGUGAAGCCAGCAGACGUUCAGCUGAUAUUCGUGAUAAUCAACGUAUAGAUGAGCGACUUUCUCGAAGAGAACAGGAAACCAGACAACGUCGAGAUGAAAAUAUAAUUGAAAGUGGUGAACUCUUAAGACGUCUUGAUGAUCGUCAAUCCCCACUGGAAAUCAGUUUAGAAGACAACCUUGAAGAACGUCGUGAAACUUUAAGACAAUUGGAUGAACGUGAAGCUAGCAGACGCUCAGACGAUACUAGUGAUACUAAACGUAUAGAUGAGCGACUUUCUCGAAGAGUGCAGGAAUCCAGAAAACGUCCUGAUGAAAAUAAACUUGAACGAGUAGAACGUAUUGAAAUUUCAAGACGUAUUGAUGAUAGUCGAGCCCAACUUGAAAUCAGCAGACGUUCAGAAGACAACCGUGGAGAACGCCGUAAAUCUUUAAGACAAUUGGAUGAACGUGAAGUUCGCCGUGAUGUUAGUAGACGUUCAGACGAUACUCGUGAUAAUCAACUUAUAGAUGAUCGACUUUCUCAAAAAGAACGGGAAUCCAGAAAUCGUCGUGAUGAAAAUAAUCGUGAACGAGUAGAACGUGUUGAAUCUUUAAGACGUCUUGAUGACCAUGAAGACCAAAUAUAUACAGGCAGGGAGUCAAUACAAUGUCGUGAUGAAAAUAAUCGUGAACGAGUAGAACGUAGUGAAAUUUCAAGACAUAUUGAUGAUCGUCAAGAUCAACGUGAAAUCAGCAGACUUUCAGAAGACAACCGUGAAGAACGUCAAAGAGAAUUGGAAUCUAGACAACGAAGAGAUGAAAAUAAUCGUGAACGAGUAGGACGUGAUGAAACAUUAAGACGACUUGGAGAUCGUCAAGUUCAACGUGAUGUCAGCAGACGUUCGGAAGAAAGCCGUAAAGAACAUCAUCAAUCUUUAAGACAAUUGAAUAAACUUACAAUUCGAAAUGCUUUUAACAGACGUUUAGACGAUACCCGUGCUUCUCAACUUAUAGAUGAACUACUUGAUAAUCCUGAAAUCCAACGCGAAGCCACUAGACGUUUAGAAGACACUCGUGAAUCUUUACGUAUUGAACGGGAAUCAACUGAAAAUCGUAAUGAAAAUGAAAAUCAACGCCAGGAAACUUCAAGGCAAUUUGAAGAACGAAGUGUUAACAGGCGUGUAGUAGAUAACCAACAAAUUCGGCUUUUGCAAAUGGAACGUGAAAAUCACCAAAGAAAUUCUCUACAGCUUAAUUCAGUCAAUCGCCGAAAUCACCGCUACAUCAAAGAUGACUAUACUGUGGAACCAACCAUUUUCCUUAAGAAGAGUUAUUUGUUUUUGGGUCAAGGCGUAAUCUUGGCUUUUGUAAUAAUGAAAACCCUAAAUGGCAAAGAUGACUUGAAACACCAAUUACCCCAAAAAUUACGUGAGGCUUUAGGAAUCAUGGGCUUCUAA